CCAUGCCGUAAUCUCGGCGAGACCAAAUAGGCAAUUCGUAACUUAUUAGCACCAUCGUGGGGACUUCUACGCCGCAACUCCCAUUCCCACUAAUUUGCAAGAUUCCUGUGAUUAUAAAUACGACGUCCUUAUCUACUACAAAUCAACAGCGAGAAUCUAUCAUUUGGAGAGAAUAUCCAGGCGUUCUACUAUUCUGCUUUAAGCGUUCUUGAAAAUGCCUGAAACAAGACCUUUUGACCCCUUCCACUCGGAACGUCUCGUAUACCGCGCUGUCAAUAGUGAACCGUCGGAUGUAGCAUUCAUUUAUGCAAUUCAACAGGAUGCAGAGGCCCAAUCUGGCGCAAGCUAUGGACUUUUGAGGCCCGAAAGCAAAAAGGCGACCACCGAGUUUAUGAGCCACAUCGAAAAAUGUCUCCUCGGUGCUCUUAUAUGUCUACCCGUCACGCCUCUCGACGGGAAGGAUGACGAAGUUAUACCCAUCGGUCUCAUUUGUCUCAAACCUAGCUCGCCGAAUCAUGCGCAUCACAGGAGCUCAGAUAUCAGUAUUGAUAUCAUAAAGGAAUACCGCGGACAGGGAUAUGGUGGAGAGGCCAUUCGAUGGGCGCUGUGGUAUGGUUUCCAGAUGGCAAACUUGCAUCGCAUCUCAAUUGGGACAUUUUCGUUUAAUACGGGUGCCAUGAGGUUGUACGAAAGACUUGGUUUUAUAAGCGAAGGCAAGCAUCGUGAGGCGAUAUGGUUUAAUGGCGGUUGGCAUGACCAUGUUCUGUACGGGAUGUUGGAGCAUGAGUGGCGGGAGGGGCAGAGGAAAGCUGGUAAAGAAGUAUGAUAGCAGUCAUAAUCUUGUCACUAUACUCACUGGGCAAUAUCAACUAUGUAUGUGAGAUACGAUCUUGAAAUAGAUAUUGAAAACCCAUAAAUCAAUCUGUUCAAC